GGCAAAAAAAAAAAAUUCAACGAUUAGGCGAACGUCUCUUUGUGUCUCCGGCAUAUGCGUAGGGUUUAACUCUUAAAAAUCAAAAAACCUCUCCAUCUCUGCUCUGAAUCAUGCCAAGAUUUAACUGGGUUCUGCGACAUUUACAGGCACGAAGAUCAUUUGAUUCCGCGUUAGGAUUGCGAUCAGGGUCUCAGAAGUCGUUGUUUGAGCGUUAUAUUCACGCUACAGGAGUAUCAUUCUCCAGUGCUCGUAAUUACUAUGAUGUUCUUGGUGUUUCUCCAAAAGCCACCCGUGAGGAGAUUAAAAAGUCGUUUCAUGAACUUGCAAAAAAGUUCCACCCUGAUACAAAUAGAAAUAACCCUUCAGCAAAAAGGAAAUUCCAGGAAAUAAGAGAGGCCUAUGAGACCCUUGGUAAUUCUGAAAGAAGGGCAGAAUAUGAUCAGUUGCGCUAUCGGAAUUCAGAUAAUGUAAAUAAUGACGGUGGUGAUGCAGAGAGGUUCAGACGCGCCUACCAGUCCAAUUUCUCGGAUUCGUUCCACAAGAUUUUUUCUGAGAUAUUUGAGGACGAAACUAAUCAGAUUUCACCUGAUAUUCGGGUGGAACUGUCGCUUUCUUUUUCCGAAGCUGCAAAAGGGUGCACAAAGCGUUUGAAUUUUGAUGCAUAUGUCUUUUGUGAUUCCUGUGAUGGGCUUGGCCACACUCUUGAUGCUGCCAGGAGAGCUUGUCCAACAUGCAGGGGAGUUGGAAGAGUAACUAUUCCUCCUUUUACAGCAGCAUGCCAGACGUGCAAUGGGACGGGACACAUUGUUAAGGAGUACUGCAAGUCUUGUAGAGGAUCCGGUAUUGUGGAAGCCACAAAGACGGUUGAAAUUGUGAUCCCUGGGGGGGUGGAGUCUGAAGCAACGGUCCCAAUCCGAGGUGCUGGUAAUGUAAGAUCAAGAACAAGUCAACCUGGGAACUUGUAUAUUAAAUUUAAGGUUGCCAAUGACUCGACUUUCUCUAGGGAUGGGUCAGAUAUUUAUGUGGAUGCUAAUAUUAGCUUUACACAAGCAAUUUUGGGAGGCAAAAUUGUGGUGCCAACAUUAUCAGGCAAGACAGAGCUUGAAAUACCAAAGGGAGUUCAGCCUGGCCAACUUCGUAUUUUAAGAGGCAAAGGACUACCGAAAGCAGGAUUUUUUGUAGAUCAUGGAGAUCAGUAUGUGCGAUUCCGUGUUAAUUUUCCUACCUCUAGUGAACUUAGCGAACGUCAGCGUGCUAUACUGGAAGAGUUUGCAAAAGAAGAAAUCAACAGUGAAUUGAGUGGUUCUGCGGAAGGAAGCUGGUGGAACUGGACGGGUCCUCAGUUCAUACGCGAUUUCUCGAUAAUGGUGCUGCUGGCGAUAUUGUUGAGCAAGUUAAUGGGAUGAAUCCACCUCCACGAGAGAUGGAAAGCUUAAAGCAUUCAGCAGAAGACAAUACAAGACUAAUUUCAUCAUCUAUAUAGCUGAGACAAAGCCCCAAAGGGAGAGAGCAAGAGAAAGACCCUUCUCUGCUUGGAACUUUUCAUGGUAAAAAUAACAGCUAAGACCUCUGUGAUGGGCAAAAGGACUGAUAUCAUAAUACCCGAGACGAGAGAUGAUGCGCAGAAG